AUGAGCAUUGAUCUGGCUGAAGAAGAAAAUCGAAAAAUGGUGUAAAUUGAAGUCGCACGGGGCGGGAGGGAGGGAGGGGUGCGAUUUAGAAGAAGUGAGUUUGAAUUUUGAUAUUUUUUUCAUGAAAAACAUAUUCAUAUUUUUCAGUUCGAUUUGGAUUACUUCUGCUGAUGUUAGGAUAGAUAGAAGAUCUGGGAAAUCGGCGAUUUUAUUUUCAGUGAGUUUCAGAAAAAUUGUGUCAAAAAUGUUUCAAAUUUCAAACAUACAAAAGAAAUUCAAAAAGUCAAAUUUUAACAAAUUUCAUCGAUCUCAAAUAUAGGAAAAAAAUUCUCAAUUCGAUAUUUUUAAACUGUAAAUUUCAGUUUUUGCUCAAAAAUUUAGAAUUUCCUGAAUUUUAGGAUUACUGUAGCUUGAAUUUUUUCACAAAAAUCUUAAAUUUCAGCCAAUUUCAAAGUUUUGGUCCGAUUUUUGAUGGAUGUUUGAAAGAUCAACGGGAAGCUGGACAUUUUUUGGUCAAACUGAAACUACUGGAAUUGUUAUCUGGAAAUUUGAUAAGGUUAGUUUUUUGUCAUUUCCGAAAUAAAUUUCAAAAAAAAUAUUCAUUUAUUUUUCAGACGUGAAAUUGGAAACUUGGCCACGUCGAAGUCAUUUUCAGUUUACUGGUGGCAAAUUUUUCGACUGGGUUGAAUUAUCAUUCGAAAAUUCGCACGGGGCGGGAGGGAACAAGGGGUGCGAUUUGCUAGAUGUAAGUUUGAAUUUUGCAAAUUUUUGAAAUUGAAAUUUUGAUCAGAAAAACACAAUUUGUAAUUUACAAACCCAAAUCGAUAGGUCUCAAAUUUUUCGAUAAUUUUUGGUGUAGAUCAAAAAUAAUUCGUUCUUUAAAUCUCUCAUUUUUUGAUUGUCUCAAGUCUCAAAAAAUGGGCAAAACUUUUAAAUUUUUCUGUUCAAAAUUUAGAAUUUUUAAUCAAGUUUAGAUUUUGAUGAAUUUUUUUGAUUAAAAACGUUCAUAUUUUUCAGUUCGAUUUGAAUGGCUACUGCUGAUAUCGGAUUCGAUUUUGGAUCAAGCUGUUCUUGUGUCUAGAGAACCACAAAAGGUUAGUUAUUUGUCAAUUCCGAAAUAAAUUCCAAAAAAAAAAUUUAUUCAUUUUUCAGACGUGA